AUGGUCCCCGUUAUUGCUACAUCACCAAGUAAUCAGUCUCAAUGUAAAGUAAAUCCCAAGCCACCAUCGUAUCGCUACGUGACAGAAGAAGGUGUAAAACAUAUUCUAGCAUACCGCUACAGUGGUAGUGAUGCAUCACUUUUGUACAAUUACGUCAUCUCGCCCGUAGCUCAAUGGCUCGUUGAUCACGUCCUUCCACCACGUUUAGCACCGAAUACCAUCACUAUUGGAGCACUUUCACUGGUAAUUCUGUCCCACUUGAUUAUGCUUUGGUAUGCACCCAAUAUGGUGGAGGAAGCACCAAGAUGGGUGUAUAUUAAUGCAGGUUUAUCACUCCUUUUCUAUCAAAUCUUGGAUGUUGCAGAUGGAAAACAAGCUCGAAAGACGGGUAACUCGUCUCCGCUUGGACUGUUAUUCGACCAUGGGUGCGAUGCACUUAAUGUUGUUGUUAGUGCGUGUACGUUUGCGUCCACAAUCAUGCUUGGACCGACAUAUUGGUCACUGUUGAUAUUCCUGGCACCAGCCAUGGUGUUCUUUAUGGCGACGUGGGAGGAGUACUACACUGGCACAUUGGCACUUCCGAUCAUUAAUGGACCUAACGAAGGUGUACUGAUCAUGUACUCAAUUUACAUUGCCACGGCUAUUGUCGGACCAACGAUGUGGACGCAGCCCAACAUUUUCUUUCCACAGCUGAACAAUAAUCACGUGUUUGUCUUGUUUACGAUUACCAGUGCGAUCGUCCAGUGUUGUUUCAGCGCUGUUGUUGCUAUCCGUUCCAUGGAGCGCAAGGCAAAAGAUGGUGCUGCAGCACUGCUUGGAAUUACGCCUUUCAUCACGCUUGUUUUGAUGUCUGCGCUUUGGGUGCUAUGGUCUCCAUCUGAUGUGUUUACGGACCAUCCACGUCUCCUCAUCUGGACUGUAGGGUUCGUCUUUGCAAAGAUGGUGAUGCACAUGAUGCUCUCACAUAUGUGCGAAGAGCCGUACUGGUUGCUACGCAAGACUUUCUUGAUCCAGCUUAUCGUCUCUUUCCUGCUGCUGGUUGGUGUUGUGCAUUGGGGCCACGAAAGCUCUGUAGUGCAGCUAUUCUUCACGAUCUCACUGUUGGCCUACGUGCAUAUGAUCUACUUUCUCUCGACGGAGCUCGCUACAAUUCUGGGCAUCCGUAUCUUCAAGGUAAAACAAGGAUAG